AUGGCGGUGAUCAAGGCGAUCAAUGUCGCGGAGAAGCCCUCGGUGGCCAAGGAGCUGGCCAACAUCCUGGGCGGGGGCAACUCCAGAAGGCGCCAAGGACGCUCGCAGUACAACCCGAUCUUCGAGUUCGACAACUGUUCGAUGAUGGGCCAGUCGGUCAACAUGAAGAUCACCUCCGUCACGGGCCACCUGAUGGAGCUGGAGUUCGCCGAGCCGUACGGGAAGAAGUGGGGGGCGUGCCAGCCCAUAGAACUUUUCACGGCGCCCCUUAUCCGCUACGUCAAAGACGAUAAGAAAGAUCUGGAGAGGCAACUCGUGGACGAGGCGCGCGGCUGCCAGUGGCUCGUGCUCUGGCUAGACUGCGAUCGAGAGGGAGAGAACAUCGCCUAUGAGGUCAUCGAGGUGUGCAAGCGGCGCAACCGGAACAUCCGAAUACUCCGCGCCAGGUUCUCCGCGCUGAUCCCCCGGGACAUCCUCAACAGCGUACAGAACCUCGUGCCGCCCAACGAGCACCAGGCGAAGGCCGUGGAGGCCCGGCAGGAGAUAGACCUGAGGUUGGGGUCGGCCUUCACGCGCUUCCAGACGAUGCGAUUGCAGGUGUCUUCCGGUUUUUCGCUCAUUCGUUUCCUGCACGGGGAACGAUGA